AUGUCAACAUUACCACAUGGCCACAUGUAUUUUGGUUUAUGUUGUUUUCAAGUUCUAAGUCAACUGGUUGUAUUGAAGUGUGCAACUUAUCGGAAGUUUCUCGAUGUUCAAGUUAUGCAUUGAGAGCCGCAACAUGCGUUUCUUUGAGUGUUGAAGGCUAUUAAUAUAUUUGCCGAUACACACCGCUUUGCUAUCGCGCUCUUGGUCACAAAACAAGGUGUUUGUCGAUCUGCUAUUCGUGAAAGAAAGAAGUGCUGUAGUCUCGGCUAAUGGCGAAGGAAACUAAGGCUUAUAUAAUCAGUAUAUGUUGAGCAGUGAAGAUGAUGGACCUUGGACCUGGGUCAGGCAACACUAUGUUGUCUGGGUUACGACUAAACUUUGAAGGAUUUGAUGAUGAUGUCUCAAAGGAGAGCCACGACCUUACAGUGGAUGCGUCUUUCUCCAAUCCUGAUAGUUCAUUCAUCACUUCACAUAGUCAAGGACUUGGUGAUUUAGCUCAAGUCACACAAAUAACAAGUACAGAAGCUGAUGGAGCUGCUCCUCUCGAGGGUGUGAAGAAGAAAGGAGGAUGGCCAAAAGGGAAGAAGAGGAAGCGAGUGAGGGAUACAAAUGCACCCAAGCCACCUCUGACAGGAUAUGUCCGGUUCCUGAAUGAGAGGCGUGAGACAUUAAGAAAGGAGAACCCUAGUACGGCUUUUACUGACCUGUUAAGACUACUGGGCGCGGAAUGGUCUAAACUUCCUCAACACGAUAAACAAAGGUACCUAGAUGAGGCAGAAAAGGAUAAAGAGCGUUACAUGAAAGAGAUGGAGAGCUACCAAAAAACGGAGGCAUACAAAUUAUUCCGUGAGAAGAAGAUGAAAGAAUCAUCUGGGUUCAACAGUUCUACAUUAGAUACUCUACAUGGCGACGAGGAAAACACAGGCACUUUUGAUAUUCCUGUCUUCACAGAGGAGUUCCUUGACCAUAACAAAGCAAGGGAAUCAGAGCUCAGACAGUUGAGGAAACAGACAACUGAAUUAGAGGAGCAGAAUGCCAUUCUCAGCAAACAUAUAGAAAAUAUGAAACAGGCUAUAGAAAAGCUGGAAGUGGAGUCUGUGCAGCAGCGUAGCUCUAACAUGGCACUACAGGGUCAUCUGGAUGGAUUGAGAGCCUCUCUAACCUCACACUUCUCCAGUACUCCUCUCCCAGGUACUGGUGAACUUCCCACUAUAGAUACCAUUGAUGCGUACAUGGCUAAACUACACAGCCUCAUUCUGGAGUCUCCUCAGGAUCACGAAUCACUCAUUGCAACUGUACGUGAUAUACUAGGACGACUUAAUGUUGAAGGAGAUAAAUUAUGAAGACACAAAGUUGGAUUUCACCAGUGUUGUCAUUUUAAUGACACAGAAGUACACACAAGGACAUCACCAGUGUUGGUAUAAUUAUAUAUACAGACAAGGACAUCACCAGUGUUGGUAUAAUUAUAUAUACAGACAAGGACAUCACCAGUGUUGGUAUAAUUAUAUAUACAGACAAGGACAUCACCAGUGUUGUCAUUUUAAUGACACAGAAGUACACACAAGGACAUCACCAGUGUUGUUAUAAUGAUAUAGUACACACAAUGACAUCACCAGUGUUGUUAUAAUGAUAUAUACAGACAAGGACAUCACCAGUGUUGUUAUAAUGAUAUCUACAGACAAGGACAUCACCAGUGUUGUUAUAAUGAUAUAUUACACACAAGGACAUCACCAGUGUUGUUAUAAUGAUAUAUACAGACAAGGACAUCACCAGUGUUGUUAUAAUGAUAUCUACAGACAAGGACAUCACCAGUGUUGUUAUAAUGAUAUAUAUACACACAAGGACCUCACCAGUGUUCUUAUAAUGAUAUAGUACAGACAAGGACAUCACCAGUGUUGUUAUAAUGAUAUAGUUCAGACAAUGACAUCACCAGUGUUGUUAUAAUGAUAUAGUUCAGACAAUGACAUCACCAGUGUUGUUAUAAUGAUAUAGUACAGACAAUGACAUCACCAGUGUUGUUAUAAUGAUAUAGUUCAGACAAGGACAUCACCAGUGUUGUUAUAAUGAUAUAGUUCAGACAAUGACAUCACCAGUGUUGUUAUAAUGAUAUAGUUCAGACAAGGACAUCACCAGUGUUGUUAUAAUG